CCGUCCCCGCCGCAGUCGCCGCCCAGCCCGGCGGGAAGGGGCUCGGGAUCCGCGGGGCCGCGACGGCGCGGGGGGCGGGGCUCGUGGGGCCGAUGGACCGGGCCGCCCCGCGCCUGCUCCUGGCCCUCGGCCUCGGUCUAGCGAUCCUCCACUGUGUUGUGGCAGAUGGGAAUUCAACCAGAGGUCUUGAAAAGGAUGGCCUUCUCUGUGGAGAUCCUGGGGGAAACUGCGCAGGGGCCGCGACCACCGCGCGGUGGAGGCGGAGGGGCCACUUCGCGCGCUGCCCCCAGCGCUACGAGCACUACUGCCUCAAGGGGAGAUGUCGCUUCGUGGUGGCCGAGCAGACACCGUCCUGCGUCUGUGAUGAAGGCUAUACGGGGGCGAGAUGUGAGAGAGUUGACUUGUUUUACCUCAGAGGAGAUAGAGGGCAGAUUUUGGUGAUCUGUUUGAUAGCAGUUAUGGUCAUUUUUAUCAUUUUGGUGGUCGGUGUCUGCACAUGCUGUCAUCCACUGAGGAGGCGUCGUAAAAGAAGGAAGAAAGAAGAAAUGGAAACUCUGGGUAAAGAUAUAACUCCAAUAAAUGAAGAUAUUCAAGAGACUAGUAUUGCUUAAUGACUAUGAAGUUACCUCCAGGCUAGCGGCAAGCUGCAAGAUGCCUGGCUUGUUUGAAAAUGGACAGAAUGUGUCUCAGGAAAAUAGCCAGGAGAAAUGAAUUUUAAAUAAUGUAUUUACUUUUUGUUUGUAAUGUUAGUUUGCAUUUUUUACUAUUUUUGUAAUGAUGCGUAACUUUAUUAUUGUUUAGUAAUUGGGAAAAACCACUCAGUUCAGAAAUUUUAAUAAACUUCCACUAAAACUUCUGUCACCAGGAUUAGUAGUCAAACAAAAAAGGAAGAUGAGGAGUUUAGGUUUUAGGAAUGGAAUUACUAGUAAAGCUACUUUUCAUCCAGCACUUUCCAUGGACUGAGAGUUUAAAGUUUAUCAUUUCCUUUAAUUCUUUUAAGAACCUAUGAGGUGGGCGGCCCCAGUGGCUCAGCGGUUUGGUGCCACCUUCAGUCCAGGGCGUGAUCCUGGAGACCCCGGGAUCGAGUCCCAGGUCGGGCUCUCUGCAGGGAGCCUGCUUCUGUCUCUUCCUCUCUCCCUCUCACUCUCUGUGUCUCUCAUGAAUAAAUAAAUAAAUAAAAUCUUUAAAAAAAAAAAAAAAGAAAGAACCUAUGAGGUAUCUAUUGUGAUCCUCAUUUCCCAUAUAUGGGAACAGACACAAAGAAAUUAAAUAACAUAGCCCAGGUUUGCAAAGUUAUCAAUUGGUGGGGCCAAGAUUGGAACCAAGAUCUACCCAGUUUCAGUUUGUGUUCUCAACUAUCACUUUUGUUGAUCAGAUUGGGUGCAACCUAACUCACUAAUAUAACCCAAGACUUUAUACUAAACUAUAUUUUGCCAUGACUCUGAGAUUCUGGGGCUAUUUUCCUGCAGAAACUUAGAAUGGAGAGUCCUCACUCUGCCUUACUGUUACCAUCACAUUUUCUGAGCAUUGACUUCUAUUAUGUUUCUUUGCUCCUUUAUAAAGUUUCCAUGGCAUGAAUAAAUUCCUACAUUAGUAAAUCAAACAGAUUUGCCCCCUAGCUAGGGUAAUGAAUAAAGAUGGGAUACAUGCCUGACAGUCUUUAGGGUCCACGUAAGUGUUUGUACUCACUAAGGGAUAAAUGAUACCACUGGGACCGGUUGUUUGUUCCAAGGCAAUGGUCAGUGACAGCAGAGCCCAGUCACACUGUUUGUGACCAUAUUCUUAUUUCUGUUCUUCCAAAAAGCAUUACCUGUGAUUGCUCUGAAGUGGAUGUUGUUGCAAGGAAAUCAUGACCAUAAGCAUCUAUCACUUGGGACCAGCCUGCCAAAUAUUCCUUCAACUCCAUUGCAUAUUUAAUAAAGACCCUUUUAAAACUGAAAGAGCUAAAUCUACAGUUAGCCAAUAUUCCAUAGAAUAUGAAACUUUCUACAAUGACUAAUUUACAAAAAUUGAUGGGCGAUGUCCCCAAAUUGCUGAACUUUUGUUGUGUGAUGUUAGCCAAGCAGCUUUUCUUUCCAGAAUCCUAGCAGAUUUUACUUUGCAGUGUAGACUUCACACAUGAAGUGAAGGGGAGAAUUCACACUAAAGGGAAGGUUGGAUGUCACCUUCUAUCAUACAUCCUGUUUUGAGUGAGAAUGAGGCUGUGUUCACAGAAAUAGCUCAAAUAUAUUAAGACCUAAGCCAAACAACUAAUCAUCUCCCAAACCCAUUUUUCCUUCUGACUUAAUAGCCAUCCUUGAAACAGGAUUAUAUCCAGUGGAUUCAUGCUGCAUAUGCUUUAUUUUCUGGUCUCAUUUAUGCCCUUAUUUUUUCUCAGUGCCCUUUGAUACCAAAGUGCUUGAAACAAAUGCUUAUUACAGCAUUUAAAAACAAAACACAAUGCUAUAAAUGUUUUGUCUUCCCUGAACUGAUGUUGGUUGACCAAUGGAAUCUCUCAAGCCAAUUCAGGCUUGGGGAUUUUGUUUUGAUCCUAAAAUGUAAAUGAUGUCUCUUAAAAUUUGAUGGGUCUGAUAUCAAGAAAGAACUUCAAAGAUUUUCAUGUUUUUUAAAAAUGUAUUUUAUA